AUGUCUCGGGCGGCGCCGCCGCCCGAGACCAGACAUCCCAACAAUCAGGUAAUACUCGCAAUCUUUACCCGUGCCAACAAGCUCUUGCCUCUACAUAGCAAGGAACGCCUAAAUAUCUUUGCACGACACUACGAGCGAAUUAUCAAGCCUUCCGAAUCUGAUAUAUUGAAAUGGAGGAAGGCUGGCCCCCUUGGCAAGCUCCACAGCAUCGUUGUGUUUAUCCGGUGCAGUCCACAGCGUAUACAGAGGUUCAAAGAGAACAGUGAGAAGAAGGAGCUUCUUCGCGACAAUGACACCAGGUGGAACUCCAAGUACAUGACCGCGAGAGCUAUUGAACCUGCGGAUCAAAUCGAUUACUUUUGCUUCGAGGAGAAAGAGCUGAAACUUGACUCACUCUCCGAGCAAGACUGGACUGAGUUGAAAAAGGUUUGCAACUUUCCCAAAUCGUUCGCGGAUGCUACCAAAGCUACGGAGGGUCACGCGCACACCAUUGACCGGACCUUGCCUAUAAUGGACUUUUUGCUCAGUAAAUUUGAAGCUGCAAAAAUUGAGUAUGGAAGCGACGCUUUUAUGGCGCUGUGUGUUGAGGCUGGAAGGGCAAAACUGGACGCUUAUUACACGCUGACAGACCGUUCUUCUACGGCAGCCUAUAGGCUGCCGUAUUCUUCUGCGUAUGUUGCAGCAAUUGUCCUCAGCCCUCAUCGAAAAUGGCACUACUUCGAAGUUGCGUGGGCGGACCAUCUGGAGUGGGUUGAAAGGGUUGAAAGUAGCAAGGCUGCCGUAGAAGCCCUCGGGAAGACUCGCUACGGGCCCGUCACCAAGCCGGCUUAUUAUAGUGCAAGCUCAUGCGCUGGUGGACCAGCCGCCAGUAAAGAAUUCGUUCCUCGCUUGGGAGGACGAGCGGGACCUUGA